AUGGAUGAACUUUUCAUCCGAUGGUUGACAGACGAGGUUACCCAGGCAGGUCUAAAUCAGAGUCUUGCAUUGCUUAAAGUUAGUGAUCGGUUAGAGGCAAGACGCGCAUUGCGCCUUAUUAUGGUACCGGGUCCACAGUCUUCACACACUCCGGAAGCCCUACCAACUGUCCCUUCUUCUUUGAACUCUCCAUGCUCCUCACCUCGUCCUCUCACUCCUCCGCAUUUCCCAAAUGCUCACCGUCAAUCUCAGUCCCCUCGUACUUCUACCCUUCCCUCCUUCGUGAAAUAUAUUGUAAGUUACUUUCAUUCUUGUAUCAGAAUUUGA